CUCAGUCCUUCUCACAUAGUUGCUCGUUAAGACUCUACACAACGAUGGAGCUCCUCCUUUUCUUUAGCGGCUACUUCGCUGUAGCAUACGCAGGAUGCUACUGGCCCAAUGGCACCGACCGGAACGCCGUCAUCGGCCGAGAAGCGUACCGGCCCUGCUCGAGCACCGCCGCACACAGCAUGUGCUGCCGGACAAGCGACACAGGGCCGGAUACCUGCCGCGACGACGGGCUAUGCGACAAUGCUGCCAGAGACGCCAUUUGGCGCGAGUCAUGCACGGACAUAACGUGGCAGAGCGACUCGUGUCUGAAGUUGUGCGUGAGCGGAACGUAUUCGUCGAGUGGAGGAUUGAUUGACGCUGCCGGGAACGAUGUGAUCGUCACGCCGUGUGAUGAUGGGAGCUUUUGCUGCGGAGAUAGCGUUACGGG